GAGGAUAAUAGAAAAUUAGUUAAAUAGAAAGCAAAAGAGGAUAAUUAACUAAUUUUGUUUUAUCAAUACGAAUUGCUCAUUUGUUAUUUGUCUUUCUUUUCAGUGGAAAACUACGAUUCGUUGACGAAUUCUAGAAUGAAUGAAUAUACGCCAUAUUUAAAUGGUAACGGUUAUCAAUCGACAUACGGAAAGAGAAAAUACGAAGUUUCGUAUCAAAAGGCUCAAGCCUACGAAGAGCACAGCAAAAAAUGUUUGUUCUAAUUUAAUAUUAAAGCUUGAUUCACUUAUAAAAAAGCAAGGCUGCAUUCUAUCGGUCUCUAUCGUUCCAGGCUUUAAAUGUAACAAUCAUCCACAUCCCCAAAUGUACAUGAGACGUUCUCACGAAAACUACUCCUCUUUUGGUAUUCAGGAAUCGAAUUCUCCUAAAAACUCUGAAGAAUUAGAGUGCGUCGUUCAUAAGUUUGGCCUUAGCGAAGCGACUAAUGAAAGAGUUGGUAUUCAAGAGCAAACUCAAGUUGCAGAAAAUAUCACAAACUCUGAAGAUUUAUUGGAAAAAGAGAAAACUUACGAUAGUGGCGACUCUUCGUCUGAAGGAAGUAUUGUUGAACAUCUAGAGAAAGAGAUAAAAGAACUAAGAAGAGAAGUUAAAGAUUUACAAGUCUAUAAGCAAAGAUAUCAGAAUCUUAAAGUCGAAAAAACAACGACAAACAAUUCUAUUUAUAAAAUAGAAAAUAAGAUUGAUAACAGUCUAAUUGGAAAAUCAAUAAUGGAAGGAGAACAUAUGGAAAUGCAGCAAAACGAACCACCAGUUCAUAAGCAUCUAAAAUACGCUAAAAGUAUGAUAGGAACCGUUAUUCUAACAGAAUCAUAUCCUGAAAUUGUUAUGUUAGAAUACGACUUAGCAGUUGCUUCCAAAAUCAAAUCGCCAACAAAAAUGAUAAGAGCACUCAUAAGAGCAGUCUUCACUAGAGAAUCUUUAAAAAAUUGUUCAGCUAAGGGUGAAAAGAGUACACUUCCGGCCUUAUUCGAAGACGGAAGAAAAGCAGUUUAUAUGCGCGUUGCAAAAUCAUUCGAUAUAACACUUGCUCAAUUUAACGCUGAAUUGAACAAAUUAUUAAAUGAAAUGCGAAGCGAUUUAAUGGAAUCUCCCAAAAAGAAAAAAGCAAAGAAAUUACCUACAGGUUGCUCCCUGAAAAAUGAUAAAAGUUCAAUAAACGAGAGAAAUCUCGAUUUUCAAUUGGGAGCUGUUUAUUGAUACAAUUUGUAUAUUAUAUAUACUAUAUAUAUAUAUAUAUUAAUAUAUACAGUAUAUAUUGUUUACUGUUUAUUUUAUCAUAUGUAUAAGUUAUUCUUUGCCAUUUUAUCAUUUUAUAUGCCAU